AUGAUAAGCCAAAAUAGUAAUAGCAUUAAACAUAUGAGAAUUAUAGUUAUUCUCCUGUUAGCAAGAAUAGUUCUUGUGUCAUCAAGCCCUCCAGGACCCAGUAAAAAUACAUCCGAAACUAAAAAUCAUGCUAAAACAAUUACAUACAUACCUAAUAAGAGGUUGAGAUUGUCUAGUUUAACAGAAUCGGAGACUAACACAGUAGUUGAACAUACGAGCAUAAUUUCAGAAAAAAACUCAAUAACAAGCAUAGAAAUAAGCAGAGAUGAGGGAGAGAAAGUGUUAGAAGUGUUUAAAAGGUUCGAUUUCCUAACGAGCAUAUUUUACACCGAAGAUGAAAAGUUGUACAGAGUACGCCAGGAGGAAUUCAUAGAACAAAUAAGAAUUAAGAUACUGGAAGUAAUAGAAAAAGUGUCGCAGGAAAAUAAGUCAGCACUGCUGUAUUACCUGGGAAGAACAUGCUCAAACACAGUGGAGCAGUACAGAAAUGAAAUGGCACAAGCAAUAACGUUCAUCAAGUUAAAAAUGUAUGAACAACUAGUAACAAUGUGCACAGUGCUGGAAAAUAUCUUGGAAGACGUUAAAAUAUUUCAAAUAAUAAACAAACAGUGCGAAAAUGUAUCAAUAAGCGGAACGGCAGGGUCGACGACGCCGAAAAACAUGGAAGAAAUAGAGUCGGAAGAUAGCAUGGAAGUGGCAUUCAAUAAAAUUAAACUGAGAAUGGACAAGAAGUCAACAAAUAAUGAAAUGAUGGAAGAAGAAACAGGAUCGAUGUCAUACAUACUGCCAAAUAGCCCAGAAACAGAAUGUUAUAUAGUGGAGAGAAUAAUAGAAAGAGAAGGAAGCGAAGAUUCAUACCUAGAAGUGGAAUCAGACACAAGAAUUAAUACAACAGAAACAAACAUGGAAGGAAGAAAAAAAGGAAGGAACAGGGAGAUAUACGAUACGAAUGAAGAAUAUGAAGUUGAAAGAGAAAGUAAACGACAAACAUGGGAAACGGGAAUAGUGGGAUCGUACAUGGACAGUAACAGCAUGGCGUUAGUGAGAAGCAUCAACAGAGUGCCAGAGUGGGAUGGAAGUAGCAUGAGGUCAAGAAGGAGCGACAGUGAGUCGAAAACAGGAUUUGAGUCAAGUUGUAGCAGAGGGACAUGGAGAAUGACAGGAGAAAAGGCAGCAACAACAAGAGAAGGAAGUACGAGGGUACCGGGAAAGGUCAUGAGAGUCAUAAAGUCGGAGAGGAUGAGCACGAGUGGCACGCCAGUACCAGUACCAGGACCAGGACCAAUCAAUAUGAGGCCGACAAUGCCAGAACUAGCUAGUACAAGUAGUGGAAGGGUAAUGUCAGAAGCAGGCAGUACAAGGUUGAUAAUGCCAGAACUAGCUAGUACAAGUAGUGGAAGGGUAAUGUCAGAAGCAGGCAGUACAAGGUUGAUAAUGCCAGAACUAGCUAGUACAAGUAGUGGAAGGGUAAUGUCAGAAGCAGGCAGUACAAGGUUGAUAAUGCCAGAACAAGGUAACAUGAGAGUAACACUGUGGGACACAAACGGAAUCAUGUUGUCAAACAGAAGAGGUAACAGCGAGGAAAGGUCAUUUGGAACACUGGAACAGAAUGAAGAAGUAACGGAGGAUAAUAUAGAAAUAGAAGAAGAAGAAGAAGGAUCAUAUAUUAUGAAUGAAGAAAUGCUGAAGGAAAGAGAAAGAAGUAAUACAGUGGAUAGACAAAGAAAAAUAAUGGAAAAUGAAGGAUAUAAAGAUGAUAAGGAAGUGAGCACGAAAAAUUAUGGAGAGGGAAGAGGAGUGUGGAACAAAGAAAGAGGAACUAGAGAAAUGAAGCAGUUUAUAUCGCACAUAAGAGAAGGAUAUAUGCCGAAGUUCGAAGAGUCGGAAAGUAAGCUGGCAGAAGCAUUCACAGCAAGCCUGACGAUAAUACAGGAAACAGGAAUGGUGGAAUACCUGAUGAGAGAAUAUAAGAUGAAGCAGGCAAAGGCAAAGUUCGUAACGGAAAUGAUGUUCGAAGUGACGAAAGAAAGAGAAAAGUACGAAGAAGACGAACACGCAGCAGAUUACCUGGGCCUGAAGGACUUAUACGAGUACGGAAAGUUGAAAAGUGGAAAGAGAAGAGGAUACAGAAGAUCGGAAAGAGAAGGAGUAAAAGUAAAAGAAGCAGCAAUACAAAUGGCAACGAAGACGUUCCCGAAAGUAGAAAUCGACUACGAAAAAAUGGAAGACGCAGGAGUGCUGGGAGAGGAGAAGGAGGAGGAAGUUGGUGACCUGGAAGACGUGUUGCUGAAGAGAGAGAUUAGAGUGCUGGUGUACCCGAACGACUACGAAGUAUUCCUUAACUUCCAUAACAGGAAGAUGAGCAGCUUCUACAACAGGUACAUCACGCUGGCAGUGAAAGUCAUGGAGAGACACUACUUCGGAAGGAGCAGAGAAAGAAUAAGAAUAAGGUACGUGAGGUCAACAGACCCAAUGGCGGACCUUGCGGAGGGAAAGGGGCACAUGACGGGAAUCUACUUCAAUCUCGAGGACAAGUACCCCUCGGAGGCGCUAUUCGGGAGGAAGACGGAGACGGCGAAGGUGCCAAUGCUGAGCUACAGCAGCUUCAUCCUGGUGCACAGCAAGUACGGAGUGAGUGACCUGAGAGGCUGGCAGAAAAUGAUGAGGAGCCCGCCGGACGAAAAGAGGAUCAUCAUCACGAACUUCGCAAGACACAGACUCUUCGAGGAGGCGCAGGGCUACAAGGUGGUGAACAUCGUGUUAACGAAUCAGUGGGACUCGGCGCUGCAGAAGAUGCUCGAGUUCAAUCCGACCUCGGGAGUAUUUUGGGGCAUCGACAGCACGCAGUACUCGUACGGAGACUACAACAUCAUCGAGUUCCCGUACAGAGUGAUCCAGGGAGCGCACUUCAGAAAGGACUCACGGUAUAUAUAUGAGUGUAUGUAUAAGAUGAAGGAAAAGGGAGUGACGUUGGUAUUGCUGAAUACGGAGAAUGAAGGAUUAGAAUAG